GGCCACUUGUGGGACUGCGUGACGUCGCGUCGUUGUGUGCUGGUGCUGGGCGCCUUGACUCGCCUGUCACCAUCAGCAGCGGCAGGAGGAAACUCCUCCUAAGCAGCAAGACAGCCCGUUCUGUCGCCUCUCCGGCGCAAUGGUCUCUUGGAUCAUCUCCAGACUUGUGGUACUUGUGUUUGGUACGCUAUAUCCCGCCUACUCAUCUUAUAAAGCCGUCAAGUCCAAAGACGUAAAGGAAUAUGUGAAAUGGAUGAUGUACUGGAUAAUAUUUGCCCUAUUUACAUCAGUGGAAGUAUUCACUGAUAUGUUUCUUUGCUGGCUUCCUUUCUACUAUGAACUGAAGAUAGCCUUUGUGGUGUGGUUAUUGUCGCCUUACACUAAAGGCUCCAGUGUGCUCUACAGGAAGUUUGUCCAUCCCACUCUUUCCUCUAAAGAAAAGGAUAUUGAUGACUAUAUCUGCCAAGCCAAGGACAAAAGCUAUGACACACUGGUGCAUUAUGGGAGAAAGGGGCUAAAUGUGGCCGCCACCGCUGCUGUCAUGGCUGCAACAAAGGGCCAAGGAGUUCUGACGGACAGAUUGAGGAGCUUCAGCAUGCAAGAUCUGGCGGGGUACGACUCGGACACCACCAGCUCUACCCAGCCAACGAGAACGGAAGCAGCAGCGCAGCACCGGGCUCGCACCAUGAUGCGGAGCAAGUCUGAAAGCUACAACAAAGAUUUUGACAUGACUGACUAUGAGGUGUUGGCACUAGACCAAAGGGUACCAGAGGAGUCGCUGACACCUGAUUCCUCGCCACCCUCCACGCCUUCUCCCACUCCUCCAGCUCUGGGGGAGCCAGGGGAGGGAACGAAGGUUGCACGGGGGGCUCAGCUUGGGUUCGUGAAAAGAAAAGCUCCCGAGCCUCCUCUUAGAGUCUUAAGGCCUCUCACGAGAUCCAGGAGCGCUGUGUGUUCCAACAGCGAAGCCAUGUGAAGCGCGUGGGCCGUGCACAUCGACGCCUCCAGCUGCCUCCAGCUUGCUGCAACACGUAAUUUUUCUUUCUUUUUAUUUUAUUUUUUUUAAAGGAACCUUACGUGUCUGAAGCGGCACUGCUUUGGAAUUCUGUAUUACCAAAGUGACCUGUGACAACCUGUCUAUAUGAUAGUUAUGAUACAGCAAGGACAAGUGAGAGCUCCGUGCUGAUCAGAUGUGCUUGACGUAAUUAUAUGUACAGUGUUUUGUUUUUGUUUUGUUUUUUUCCCUCUGUCAGGUUUGGUGGGACACUUGCAUGUGUGUCUGGCCAUGCAUUUUUAGUUGUUUGUGCUACAGAAUGUACUGCCGCUCGCUUGUCAACAGUAUGUGUAAGUCGCCAUGGUUCAAAUGCAUGGCUGCUGUUGUAAACGUUUUAAAAGAGUGGGGAAAGAAAUCUGAUGUGUAUCCUAAAAACAGCAGGUCUUGAAAAGUCAAGCAGCUGUGGCUGAAUUAUUUACCUCGAGUAAAGCCUUAAUGAGGGACAUUAAGUAUCACAUCUCACACGGCACUAAGUACAGUUAGGACCACAAGUAUUAGGACAAUUCUCACCGUGAUUGAAGUGUCUGAAGGCUUUGUCGAGUCAGAUUUUUAGAUUUGACAGGUUUCAGGAAAAUAUGGUAUUUACCAUUAAGGAAUUCGCCCUUCUAUGCAGGGAAAACAAAAGUGAUUGUCCUAAUAUUUCUGGACCUAACUAUUUCUAAAUAUUGUGUUCAUAUUAAUUUAUUUUGCACCAUGUAGUGAAUAUCAAUCACUGCCUCCAAUUGUAGAUAUUGACCCUACAAAAGUAUCAUGCAUAGAUGCAUCUUAAUAAAUUAGAAUAUUGUUUAAAAAAAUAAUCUCUGGUUACAUUCAAA